AGAGGUCACCGUCAACGGCACCCGCCUUGUCCCUUUCGAGGCUCGUAUGGUUGAGGAAGAAUAAAACCCAAACAUAACUCUGGGAAAUAUCCUCUCUAUUCCUUUCCCUUUUCACAUCUCUGUCGAGUUAUUAGUCCUUUACCCCUCGGAAAUUAGGGCCACUAGAUUCGUUCAGUACCCAUUUAUCAGAACUAUGGCCACAAUACCUUGAGAAAACAUACUCCACACCAUCCCCCAUCUAUAUAUCUUCCAUAUCGUUGCGUUAGCAGACCAGCAGAAAAUAAAAAAUCGGAGAAAAGGUUCAAUCUUCGGGUGCACCUCAGGUGUUCGACAAUCGACAAUAAGUUUAAUAGAAGUUAGAGAGGUUGGGUAUUUGUUUAAUUAGUUUGUUUAAAGGGUUUUUUUUAAUUUUGGGGCAACACCCAAGGUUAGACAUUGUGGACAUCACGGCUAUACACAAAUUUUUUCGGCCUAGUUUUCAUGUCCGAGCUGUACGACGGAAGGGUUGUGUGAUCGAGAGAACCCCUUCGCCGCACGGUGGACGUGGAGCUUUGCCUUCCGAAGGCGGUAGUCCUUCCGAUCUCCUAUUCCUUGCCGGUGGUGGUAUUGUCUUUUAGACUUCAGUAGCCUAAUUAAUUAGCUUUUAAGUCUGUAAAAUAAUAAUAUCCAAGAAGCUUGUUUCUCGUUGUCCGCGUUGUCGUUCUUGUCGGGUGUUCCUUUGUUCGAUUUUUAUUGGUAAAGAAAGAAGCGAAGUAUUAGCAAAGAUGAUGCAGCUCAGUAUUAAGAGGGUUCCCACUGUUGUUUCGAAUCACCAAAAAGAUGAGGCGGAAGAGACUGCUCGCCAGAGCGGUGGAUGUGGAAAGAAUUGCCUUAGAAGCUGUUGCAUUCCAGGAGCAAAGCUUCCUUUAUAUGCUUUCAAGAAGGAGAACAAUAUUGGGAAUGAAAAAGAUGUUCUUGAAAUUGAAAACAAAGAGUCUCCGAUUGCUUUUCUUGAUUUCCUUGUUCUUGGGGAGUGGGAGGAUCGCAUGCAGAGAGGGCUCUUUAGAUAUGAUGUAACUGCCUGUGAAACCAAGGUGAUUUCUGGUGAACAUGGCUUUAUUGCCCAGCUGAAUGAGGGGCGCCACUUGAAGAAGAGGCCAACUGAGUUCCGUGUUGAUAAGGUUCUCCAGCCCUUUGAUGGGAACAAGUUCAACUUCACCAAAGUCGGACAAGAAGAGGUGCUUUUCCAGUUCGAAGCAAGUGAAGAUGGUGAAGUUCAGUUCUUCCCCAAAGCUCCAAUUGAUGUUGAAAAUUCUCCAAGUGUUGUUGCCAUAAAUGUUAGUCCUAUUGAAUAUGGGCACGUGCUGUUGAUCCCUCGAAUUCUCGAAUGCUUGCCCCAGAGGAUUGACCACAAGAGCUUGUUGCUUGCACUCUAUAUGGCAGCUGAAGCUGGGAAUCCGCACUUUAGAUUGGGUUACAACAGCUUGGGUGCAUUUGCUACAAUCAAUCACCUACACUUCCAGGCCUACUACUUGGCUGUUCCCUUUCCUAUUGAGAAAGCUCCUACCAAGAAAAUUACCACUUUGAAUGAUGGUGUGAUUAUCUCAGAGCUUCUAAAGUAUCCAGUCAGAGGUCUUGUCUUUGGGGGUGGUAACACUCUCCAAGAUUUGUCCGACACUGUGUCUGAUGCCUGCAUUUGCCUUCAAGAUAACAACAUACCAUACAAUGUGCUCAUCUCUGAUUGUGGAAAGCGGAUCUUUAUCCUUCCUCAGUGUUAUGCUGAGAAACAAGCUCUUGGGGAAGUGAAUUCAGAGCUCUUGGACACCCAGGUCAACCCAGCUGUGUGGGAAAUUAGUGGUCAUAUGGUGUUGAAAAGGAGGAAGGACUAUGAUGAAUCAUCUGAGGAAAAUGCCUGGAGGCUCCUUGCAGAGGUUUCUCUCUCUGAUGAGAGGUUCCGAGAAGUGAAUGAACUCAUCUUCGAAGCCAUUGCUGGUGGCACAGAUGUCAUUGAAAGUGUUGCUGUGGUUGAGGAUCCUGAUACCAAAACUCAAUCUUUUGAAGAAGAGAAUACCAUCACUGAUAGCUCCCACCAUGCCAUGGUGGUUGGGACACAAGAAUGUCUUGUUUUGCAGUAAAGAUAAACAUUCAGGAAUCGAAACCCUGUUUAGAAUUUCUAUGGCACUUGUAGCCUAAAUAAGCAAAACCCAGUUUGCACUGUUUUUAUCGACCUUGUUUAAACUGCUAGAUGCUUUUUUUUUGCUUCAUGGACUCCAAGUCCAAUGUAAUGCUUGAUGUUACGAGAUAAUAAAUGUACGUCAUUGUGUGC